CCAUAUAAUAAAGCACGGAGGAAGACAUCCCAUGGCUUCGGUUCCUGAGCCUUCGUUCUCCAAAUCGCCGAGCCUUGACCUCCUCCUCCUGCUCUUCCUCUAGAGGACGCCAGGUGGGCUGCGAACCUCACUGGCUUGCCGUGAUAUUAGGGCUUCGAAAGAGAACCUGGUAGAGUGGCAUCCUCCGCCUUCCUUCCAUUUCUUGCAUCGGGACGUGGAUGAAUUGAUGAGGAGCAAGCGAGGGCUGAUUCAUUAAUGGCAGAUUGCUGUCUCAUUGCGAGCAAAUUUGCUUUUCGUUUUAUUUUUCCUUUUUUGUUCUUGGAGGGUCUCGGUGCGUAAUAUCGGAAGGUGGGUUGUUGGUGGCGGUGAUAGCCUUUUCGGCUCAAAGAUCGGAUCUUGAGAUGUUUUAUUGCGUUUUUCUGGCGGAAAGCUGAGAUCUGCCUGGUUGUUUUGGGGUUUCUGACGCAAUCAAGCCUUACUGUUUUCGGUUUAUUAUUCCCUUUGCAUCAUUGAGCGUAAUCGUCAAUUCCGAUAAGCUUCAAUUUCCGAGAGUGACGAAGUUGUGUCGGAGAUAACUCCAAGUGGCAGAUCAAAAGGGAGAGCACCGAACUUUGUCCCCACGUGAAGACUCACCUAAGGAGUGAUCUGGGAAGGCAUCUAAUCUACCCUAGCGUUCAGCCCUUUCUACCGAGUCACUGUUGUGUCUUUCUCUCGAUCUGGUGUUACUUCCCUCUAGGCUCGUCGUUCAGUCUUGAAACUGGCUUGCUGUAGCUACUUCGUUUGCUAUCUUUGAAUCUUGGGCCCAUCCUCCAAUAGCUCUUGGCUUAGCAGAAAGAGUUCUGUCAUUAGGAGAAAAAAUGCGAGGAGCUAUCCUUGUUGCCAUAGCUGCCUCUAUUGGUAACUUGUUGCAGGGGUGGGAUAAUGCGACAAUUGCAGGUUCUGUUCUGUACAUAAAAAGGGAAUUUAACUUGGAGGCUGAGCCUACAAUAGAGGGAUUAAUAGUAGCUAUGUCAUUGAUUGGAGCUACUAUUAUUACAACAUUCUCUGGGCCAGUGGCUGACUGGAUUGGUAGACGCCCCAUGCUAAUUAUCUCAUCAAUUCUCUAUUUCAUUAGCAGUUUAUUAAUGCUGUGGUCACCCAGUGUCUAUUUCCUGCUCCUGGCAAGACUUAUUGAUGGAUUUGGGAUUGGUCUCUCUGUCACACUUGUCCCCGUAUAUAUUUCUGAAACAGCGCCACCCGAAAUAAGAGGAUUAUUGAAUACUCUCCCACAGUUCAGUGGCUCUGGUGGAAUGUUUUUAUCAUAUUGUAUGGUCUUUGUGAUGUCGUUAAUGGCUAACCCAAAUUGGAGAGUGAUGCUGGGUGUUCUCUUUAUUCCUUCCUUCCUCUAUUUUCUGUUAACAAUUUUCUUUUUGCCGGAGUCUCCAAGGUGGCUUGUAAGCAAAGGGAAAAUGGUAGAGGCAAAACAAGUUUUGCAGAGAUUGCGAGGCAGGGAAGAUGUCUCAGGAGAAAUGGCUCUGCUUGUCGAGGGGUUGGGAGUUGGUGGCGAAACUUCCAUUGAGGAGUACAUCAUUGGUCCUGCUAAUGAUGGUGCUGAUGAUGAUCAGGGAGCAACUGCUGAUAAGGAACGUAUCACCUUGUAUGGGCCUGAAGAAGGUCUCUCAUGGGUUGCUCGGCCUACAAAGGGACAGAGUUCCCUUGCUCUUGUUUCUCGCCGUGGUAGUAUGGUAAAUCAAUCUAGUGUACCACUGAUGGAUCCUCUAGUUACUCUAUUUGGCAGUGUUCACGAGAAGUUACCUGAGUCGGGAAGUAUGCGCAGUGCACUAUUCCCAAAUUUUGGUAGCAUGUUUAGCGUGGCAGAGAAUCAUAAUAAAGCUGAGCAGUGGGAUGAGGAAAGUCUUCAACAUGAGGGUGAAGAAUAUGCAUCAGAUGCUGGAGGUGAUUCUGAUGAUAAUUUAAAUAGUCCGUUACUUUCGCGCCAAGCAACAAGCAUGGAAGGAAAGGACAUUGCCCCAAGGCAGAUUAGUGUUUUGAGCACGAGGAGAAAUAGCAGUCUUCUGCAACAUGGCGGGGAGUCAGUUAGUAGUAUGGGUAUUGGCGGGGGAUGGCAAUUGGCAUGGAAAUGGUCUGAGAGAGAAGGUGCAGAUGGGAAAAAGGAAGGAGGAUUCAAAAGAAUAUAUUUACACCAAGAAGGUGUUCCUGGGUCAAGGAAGGACUCGCACGUUUCUCUUCCACAAGUUGAUAUACCUGAAGGAGAGUUUGUUCAGGCUGCCGCAUUGGUUAGCCAACCUGCUCUUUUCUCAAAGGAUCUUAUGGGUCAGCACCCUGUGGGGCCAGCCAUGGUCCAUCCUUCGGAAGCAGCUGUCAAAGGACCGAGCUGGGCAGAUCUUUUUGAACCAGGUGUCAGACGUGCAUUACUUGUUGGAGUUGGGAUCCAAAUACUUCAGCAGUUUUCUGGCAUAAAUGGUGUUUUAUACUACACACCACAGAUUCUUGAGCAAGCGGGUGUUGCAGUUCUUUUAUCAAAUCUCGGUCUUGACUCAACUUCAGCGUCCAUCCUCAUUAGUGCUCUUACGACCUUGUUGAUGCUUCCUAGUAUUGGCAUCGCCAUGAGGCUCAUGGAUAUCGCUGGGAGAAGGUUUCUGUUGCUUUCCACAAUUCCUGUCUUGGUAGCCUCACUUGUUGUCUUGGUUCUUUCUAAUCUUGUGGACAUGGGCACGGUGGUUCACGCUGUGCUUUCCACUGUCAGUGUUGUUGUCUACUUCUGCUGCUUUGUGAUGGGAUUUGGUCCGGUCCCUAACAUUCUCUGUGCGGAAAUCUUUCCAACGCGUGUCCGCGGUUUGUGCAUAGCCAUUUGUGCUCUGACAUUCUGGUUUGGAGACAUCAUCGUCACGUAUACUCUUCCUGUCAUGCUGGAGAGCAUCGGCCUUGCUGGUGUCUUUGGCAUCUAUGCAGUCGUAUGCGCCUUGGCUUUCAUAUUUGUGUUUUUGAAAGUCCCCGAGACGAAGGGCAUGCCACUUGAGGUCAUAUCCGAGUUCUUCGCUGUUGGGGCAAAACAAGAAGCAACUGAUUGAAUUGUUUCAGAAAGUUUGGUAUCUUGGUAAUUUGUGAAUCGAGAUCUGAAGUGAGGUUUGAUCUGCUUAGGAAGAGGCCUCGGCCUAAAAAAGCUACUUUGAGGUUGCUAAAAGGCGACGAUGUUCUCUAUUUGGCACUCCUCCAUUGGUUUGUAAGCAUCAAUCUCUGGGCAUCUCCCUUUUUUGUAUGGUAUUGUUGGAUUCAAUAUAAAUCUGAACUAGAAAAUAAAGAGGUGUAGUAUUUUUUUUUUUUCUCGUGGGGAUAAAAAGCCUUGUGCCUUGAAUCAUUCAGCUGUAAAUGCAUCGAUUUGAUAUGUCGAUCUGCUGAAUACGGCUUAUUAAUAACAGAACUAUUUGUGUAACUUAGGACGAAGCCCAAGUGAAGAAGCAAACAAUUAUGCAUUCAAUCCAUGUUGUAGGAAUUUACCUACAAUUGUUA